GGGUGGACUCUUGCACGUACAGUCGAGGCUGCGGACCGAUCGACUGCGCGGGCGGCGAUCCCAGCUCCACGCUGGAAUAACCGUCGCUAGGGAGCAACCGAGGGACGCAACGCUUUAUGUUGACUAGGAAACAGCGAGCAACAAUUUGAGCCUGUGUGCCAGCACAUCUCGCCCUCCCGGCUUUCACAACUUCUACACCGCGAUGCAAUUAGGAAAAGUGCACCGCCGACGAGUUGCACUGGUGAAGCACUAAAUUGUCCAAUCUUAUUUCCUUCCGAAAAGUUAACGUUCUGAAUUAUUUUCAAACAAUUUCGGAUGUUAUAAAAGUAAAGGAAAAACAAAAUCCCGCUCUCGCUCGGUGACAGGAGGAUAUUUUUGAUGGCGUCUCAGCAGACCAGAAUUCAAGCCUACCUCGAAAAAAACAAGAUUGGCCCUCUUUUCGAGGAAAUGAUGACAAAAUUAAUAACAGAGACACCUACCAAGCCAAUUCCAUUUUUAAUAAGCCACCUGAAAAAUAAACAAGGAGGUCCUGGCCAGCUGCAAAAAACAUUUUCAGGCUCAGCUGCCCUCUGGGCUGAAACGGGAAACAAAGGUUUGCGGCGCGAUUGUCGAGGUUAUGAAAAACCAUGGCUUACAAAUGCUAAAAAGCCAAAAAAGUCAAAAAGUGACCUUGCUAUGUCCAACCUAUCACCAGAAUCAAAAUCCCUACCAAGGUCAAUAGAACAUACUGCAUUGGACUGGCAAACAAAACCCGAAAGCCACAACUUUGAUGAACUGAAUCACAUCCUUCAGGAGAGCAAGAGGCUGGGCAAGGCUCUGGAACACCUCUCUCACAGUAUUGGUACUCCAGAUGAAUCUGACCAGGAUCUGCGGGCUUACAAUUCGUCCCUUGUUAGACCCCGGGUGGUUGGAGAGUGGGUUGGUCGUGAGGAAACUGAUGCUGAUCCGUUGGCUGCAGAGAUGCUACAGCCUCCAGUGCCCAGAAUUAAGGAUGAAACUGAAGAGGCCCACAGCUCUGGAAGCACAAAAUUGGAGCAGAAGAGUAAAGGCUUGAGACAACAGCAGCAACAGCAUAAGAAGCUUUUAGCUGCAAUGCUGUCCCAGGAUUCAUUUGACUCUGUGCACAGUGCAACACCAUCAGUGGCUGAAGAGGACAUUGAGGAUGAGGAUGAUGCCAUGGAAUUACUGGAGGACCUGGAUGAUUUGAGAAUGGAAGGCAUUACUGAUCACGUGCCAUCUGGUAGCAGGUUUAGCCAAGGGCGAAGUCCGUACUCUGCAGAACCUCAAGCCAAAGUUACGCUCAACAUCUGCUCGAGGUGUGCCAGAUUCCAGGGAGAUAGUCUAAUGGAAGAAUCUGAUGAUGGAACACAGAUGUCGCAUUCCCCUGAACAAGCAGUCCCUGACCCCUGUGCAGCUUCUCCAUUGCUGGGGGUGGAAAGAGUGAUGCAAGAUGAAGAAGAAUUGGAGAGUGCUUCUCAAGUGUCAGGGGCUCGCCAACCAUUCUGGGAGUCCAGCGUAUUGUCCAGCCAAAGUGGAGGUUCCUUGAACCAAAAACAAUCAAAAGAUUAUUUGGCCUCAAAUGAACUGUUAACAGUGGAGAAGCAUCUCAAUGAACUUGACAAGGAUCUUGCUGCUAAAGCACUAACAAUUGAAUCUGAAAUGCAAAGGAGUUCCAACAUUCAAAGCAGAUUAAGUAUGUCAAGUUACCAUGGAAGUCUGUCACAGACAUUAUUGGGCCAGAAUUCUAGACCUCAAACACCAUCAAGUCUUACUGGGAAAGAUAUUCCACAGAUCCAAGGAAACAAAUUAUUGCAGAGUUCCAGUAACCAAAACAGUAGGACUGAGAUUCCAAACAGUCAGCACAACAGGCCUCGAACGUCAUUAUCUCAAGGAAGCAGGCCUACAACUCCGAACAGUCAAUUGUUUCAAAGUCCACUUUCGAGCAACCCUGUGACCCAAGGAGAACCAUUCGACAAUCCAAAGAACAAACUGGCAACAUUUACCAGCCAAGCUGUGAGACCGAUUGGUUCUCCAAUUAGUCAGACUGGAGUAAUUGCUGGGAAUAUUUCACAAAGGAGCUAUUUUUCUGAGGAUGAAUCUUUUUCACAGUUGUUAGCUACGCGCCAACCAUGGACUCUACCCAGUAAUGCAAACGAUGAAGGUGUGGAUCGAGAUCAAGACAAACGUGAGUUUAUGACCUGAAAGAGUGACUUCCAGAUUUCACACAUGUUACACAGCAGAACACAAAUGGAAAGCCUGAAUACCUCUGCAUUGAAGUGAAACAACACAAUUUUUAUAUUUUUAUAAGGACAAUGGUUGCAAUGAGAAAUUAUAGGAAUAUAAUAGAAUAUUGCUUUGCACCAUUACUAUUGUAGCUUGUUUGCAAUGAAUCAUUUAAAAUAAUUCUGACAAAAAAUAAAGUUAUGUUAUGAAGGUCAUGCAUGUUUCAUUGAAAGUAUUAUAUUUUCAGUGUAUUUUUAUCAAACAUUUGUUGUGAAAUCAAGUGAUUGUUGAACUUUUAUCUUAGGCAAAUCAUCAGUUUCAAAUGCAUGAAUACCUGUUAGACAAAAUAGAAGGAUUCUUGCUUUCGAGCAUUUACAAUACACUGGAUUUUAUUGUAGCUUUCUGAUUGUUGUGAUGGGUUUUCUCUUUGGCUUGGAUCAAAAAUAAACAAUUACUUUUACAUGAUUAAAAAAACUUUUAGGAAAA